AAUCAGUAGCGGUUCAGAGAUUUCAUAUUAAACGGAGACAACGACGCGACCACGAGACGGAACAGAUCGCUCUCUCUUUCUCUCUCUUCCUCUCCUCUCUGCCGGCAGCUGACACAGUUUGACUAAAGCCUCAACAUGCCUGUGGCGUCGACUGGCACAGAGCCUGCGGUACCCCCCCAGGUCCUGGAUACCCUGAGUGACAGCAACAGCUCCACCACCGCCAAUGACCUGGACCUCAUCUUCCUCAAGGGCAUCAUAGACAGCCCCAUGGAGCCAGAGAGUCUGGAAGAGACCAGGUUGGAGGCGGUGAGGGACAACAACGUAGAGCUGGUCGAGGAGAUCCUCAGAGAGCUGAGUCCCUUCACACACCAAAGCAACAGCGCAGCAGAGCUCACGCGCAUCCUCAACGAACCCCACUUUCAGUCUCUGCUGGAGACCCAUGACUCGGUGGCGUCCCAGGUGUGUGACACUCCACCCCCCAGCCCCUGUGCCUACAUGGAGCUCCCUGUCAGCAACCAGCCCGUGCCCCCAGAUGCCGUCCGGAUGGUGGGCAUCCGCAAAGUGGCUGGUGAACACUUGGGCGUGACUUUCCGUGUGGAGGCGGGGGAGCUGGUGAUUGCCAGGAUCCUCCACGGAGGGAUGAUCGACCAGCAGGGACUCCUCCAUGCGGGUGACAUCAUCAAGGAGGUGAACGGGAAGGAGGUGGGUGAGGACCCGAGGGUUCUGCAGGAGAUUCUGCAGGAUGCCAGCGGCAGCGUGGUGCUCAAGAUCCUCCCUAGCUAUCAGGAGGGCCACGCGCCAGGACAGGUGUUUGUGAAGUGUCACUAUGACUACGACCCGGCCAAUGACAACCUGAUCCCGUGUAAAGAGGCAGGGCUUAAGUUCUACACCGGUGACAUCCUGCAGAUCGUCAAUCAGGAUGACCUCAACUGGUGGCAGGCUCGUCGUUGUGUGGAGGGAGGCAGCGCUGGGCUGAUCCCCAGUCAGCUGCUGGAGGAGAAGAGAAAAGCCUUUGUCAAGCGAGACGUGGAGCUGGCCCCUGCAGGAAAUCUUUGUACUGGAGUGGCGGGAAAGAACAAGAAGAAAAAGAUGAUGUAUCUAACCACUAAGAAUGCAGAGUUUGACAGGCAUGAGUUGCUGAUCUAUGAGGAGGUUGCCAAGGUGCCUCCAUUCCGCAGGAAGACGUUGGUUCUGAUUGGUGCUCUGGGAGUGGGCCGACGCAGCCUGAAGAACAAACUGCUGCUGUCUGACCCACAACACUACGGCACCACCAUCCCCCACACCUCCAGAAAGCCAAAGUCAGGGGAGCGGGAGGACCAGAUGUAUGCCUUCACCUCGCGGAGCAAGAUGGAGGCGGACAUCAAGAAUGGCCGCUACCUGGAGCAUGGCGAGUACGACGGCAAUCUCUACGGCACCAAGAUGGACUCCAUCCAUGAGGUGGUGGAGGCCGGUCGCAUCUGUGUACUGGACGCCAAUCCUCAGGCCUUGAAGGUACUGCGGACGUCGGAAUUCCUGCCUUACGUGGUGUUCAUCGAGGCCCCUGAUUUUGAGGUCCUUAAGGCCAUGAACCAGUCGGCCAUCGAGACUGGAGUUGUCACCAAGCAGCUGACGGACUCAGAGCUGAAGAGAACAGUGGAUGAGAGCACCCGCAUCCAGACAGCCUACGGACACUACUUUGACCUCACCAUUGUCAACGACAACCUGGACGAGAGCUACAGGAACCUGAAGGCAGCCCUGGAGAAGGUCUCUGCUACCCAGCAGUGGGUUCCAGUCACCUGGGUCUUCUAGUGGGAGACAGAAGGACAAGAGGGUGGUGUCGAACACUUGUUCUCUCAUUCAUCCCCACAAGACAUCUGAAGACACUGUCUGGCUCAUCAUCACUGUGACCUCUGGACCUCUGACCUUUGGACCCCAUACUGUACAUAAGACUGAACUGACAGCAUUCUUUUUGCUGUGUAUGUAUUGCUUUUAGAAAUUUGUCGACAAAUUUGGGCAUUAUGGGAUUCUGGUGUGUGUGUGUGUGUGUGUGUGUGUGUGUGUGUGUGUGUGUGUGUGUGUGUGUGUGUGUGUGUGUGUGUGUGUGUGUGUGUGUGU